GGGAAGCUGGCGUGGGGUGCCUUGCUUUUGCAAAUGCUGCAUUUGCCCGGGCCAAUUUCUCAGCGCUGACCUGGGUAAGUCUUGGGAUUUUAUUCUGUCUUAGGUUUAACCUGCAUACAUAUUUAAAGCAAACUCACCUGAAGAAUCCAGGGGGAGGCACACUUUCUUCAGAGUGCUGGGAAUUUGUAGCUCUGUGAGGAGUUAGCUGCAGUGCCCAGCAUUCUUCGGAGAAAGUAAUGUGCUUAAAAAAAUUUAAAAUGGUUUAGUUACAUUGUGUGGGUGCAGUCCUGGGACCACAGAGUUGGGAAUGAGGCAUGUAUCAAAAACCCAUUUAGCCCAAUUCACUUCUGUGUGGUUCCAUUGAUGUAAGGAUUCACCAUGCAUGAAAGGUAAGGUAAAGGUAAGGGAUCCCUGGACGGUUAAGUCAAAGGUGACUGUUGCGGAGCUCAUUUCGCUUCAGGCCGAGGGAGCCGGCGUUUGUCCACAGACAGCUUUCCGGGUCAUGUGGCCAGCAUGACUAAACCCCUUCUGGAGCACGGAGGACCGUGACAAGUGCCAGAGCACACAGAAACACCACUUACCUUCCCACCACAAUGGUACCUAUUUAUCUACUUGCACUGGUGUGCUUUCGAACUGCUAGGUUGGCAGGAGCUGGGACAGAGCAACAGAAGCUCACCUUGUUGCGGGGAUUCAAACCGCCGAUCUUCUGAUCGGCAAGCCCAAGAAGCUCCAUUGGUUUAGCAGCGCCCCCAGCCCCUGAAACCAACUUGGGGGAAAUUCAGACUGUAGCACAUCAUCAGUGGAAGUACUGGUGCUUUAUAGAAAAAUGGUAUGUUACGAAAUGCAUUGAUGAUGAGAGGCUGAUGGUGAAUCCAGUUGGUAUCUGAAUAUGUUUGUGUGUGUGUUUGACUACUCUUAUAUAUGCAAUUGUUCUGUACAUGUUUUUUACUGUAUUGCGAAAUCCAGGAAUGGCUCCAUGACUGUGCGUGCCCAGGGCCAUGGGUGCCAUACAGCGUGCAUAGCCCUGGCACUGAAAUUUGUGGGUGCUCAGCUCCUUCAUAUGGAAUUUUGUGGGUGCUCGGGUACCCAGGCUCCCAGGGAGUUGGCACCUAUGUCUACUGCUGAACUACAGCCCUAUCCCAUAGCAGACAGCCAAAUGCUCUGGGAAGCUCAAAAUCAGGGCGGGAAGCAAAUAGCCUUGCCCCACUAUUGCAUUCUAGUAACUUACUGUUCAGAGGCAUAUUAUUUUGUUGUGUUAGAUGAUGAGUACGAUGAUUACGCUCUGCAAUAAGGCAUGUGUAUUGAUUUGUUGUUGUUCGGUCGUUUAGUCGUGUCCGACUCUUCAUGACCACAUGGACCAGAGCACACCAGGCACUCCUGUCUUCCACUGCCUCCCGCAGUUUGGUCAAACUCAUGCUGGUAGCUUCCAGAACACUGUCCAACCAUCUCGUCCUCUGUCGUCCCCUUCUCCUUGUGCCCUCCAUCUUUCCCAGCAUCAGGGUCUCUUCCAGGGAGUCUUCUCUUCUCAUGAUGUGGCCAAAGUAUUGGAGCCUGAGCUUCAGGAUCUGUCCUUCCAGUGAGCACUCAGGGCUGAUUUCCUUCAGAAUGGAUAGGGUUGAUCUUCUUGCAGUCCAUGGGACUCUCAAGAGUCUCCUCCAGCACCAUAAUUCAAAAGAAUCCAUUCUUCGGCGAUCAGCCUUCUUUAUGGUCAGCUCUCACUUCCAUACAUCACUACUGGGAAAACCAUGGCUUUAACUAUACGGACCUUUGUUGGCAAGGUGAUGUCUCUGCUUUUUAAGAUGCUAGCUUUCUGGUAAUGUUGGGGCCAUCCGGAUGACCUGUUUGCCGAGAGUUCAUCCUGAUUUGCUUGCACAAAGGUGAUGCAGAGGUUAGAUGAGACCUGGUCUUUACUGAGUUCCCCAAGAAAAGGGAUGGACCGUUAAACCACCCUGGGAACUGUAGUGCUGUGAGGGGAAAAGGGGGUCCCCUAGCAACUCUCAGCACCUUUAACCAAACUGUGGUCCCCAAGGAAUAUGAUUAUUAUUUUGCAGACAACUUCAAGUCCCCCCCCUUUGAAAUUAAUUGAUCUAAGUUUGUCAUGCCUAUCAAUUUCAAUGGUCUACCUCAACAUUAAAUGCAAGCCAUUGUUUUUUCACAUAUGAAUCAGUUUUUAUGAAGCAUCUUGAAGUGAUUUCACUAUAGGGGGCCCCGGGGGCCUGAGCUCAGCACCCAUACUGCAGCUCCCCCCCCCCCGAUGCAACUUCUUGUGCUCUCUGAGGCCUUGCAGGAUCUUGGAACCUGACUUCAGGUGGCACCAGAAGCCAGGUUCUGAGGCUGCAGGGCGCGUGAUGUCAUGACAUCACGUCGCAAUGUGACAUCAUGACAUCACGGUGCAUGUGCUAGGCACCUAUAACCUAUAGCCCUUCCUUUUGUCUGCUUUAAAUCUGGGAAGCCUGAAAGCAGAACCUGAGGCCCAGUGAUUGGUAUUCAGAGGCAUCCUGCCUUGGACUGUGGGGGUGGAACAAAACUCUCAUGAUAACCUUCUGCUCCAUGACGUUGUCUAAUCCCCUUUCAAAAUCAAAGUGUUGGUGCUGACCUUUAAAGCCCUAAACGGCCUUGGUCCUGUAUACCAGAAGGAGCAUCUCCACCCGCAUCGUUCAGCCCAGACACUGAGGUCCAGCCUCAGAGGGCCUUCUGGCGAGAAGUGAGGUUACAGGGAACCAAACAGAGGGCUUUCUUGGUAGUGGCACCCACCCUGUGGAAUGCCCUGUCAAGGAAAUAAGCAGCUAUCUUAUCUUUAAAAGACAUCUGAAGGCAGCCCUGUUUAGGGAAGUUUUUAAUAUUUAUGCUGUAUUGUUUUUAACACUUGAUUGGGAACCACCCAGAGUGGCUGGGGAAACUCAGCCAGAUGGGAGGGGUAUAAAUAAUAAAUUAUUACAGUGGUACCUUGGGUUAAGUACUUAAUUCGUUCCGGAGGUCCGUUCUUAACCUGAAACUGUUCUUAACCUGAAGACCACUUUAGCUAAUGGGGCCUCCUGCUGCUGCCUCGCCGCUGGAGCACGAUUUCUGUUCUCAUCCUGAAGCAAAGUUCUUAACCUGAAGCACUAUUUCUGGGUUAGCGGAGUCUGUAACCUGAAGCGUAUGUAACCUGAAGCAUAUUUAACCCAAGGUACCACUGUAUUAUAUUAUUAUUAUCCAAGCUGGUGCCCAUCGCUGCCUCCUGUGAAGAGCAAAUUCCAUAAUUCAACUACGCAUUGUGUGAGGAAGUCCUUCCUUUGGACUGUCCUUAAUCUUCCCGGUUGAUGCCGAAAUUUCUAGGAAGCAGAAAAGACUAUUUAUGUAUGCGACCACAGCUGCACGGAUUUUAUUGGCCCAGAGAUGGAAAGAAGAUAAAGUCCCAACCAGAGAAGAAUAGCAGAUGAAGUUAGUGGACUAUGCAGAAAUGGCUAAAAUGACCAGCAGAAUCAGAAAUAAGGAAGGCCAAAAUUUUAAUAAGGAAUGGGGAAAUAUUUUAUAACGUAUCUUAAAGACCAUUGUAAACAGUUACAAUCGUUAGUAAGAUUGGACCACUUGUGGUUCAUUGGUGAAUUUUGGACACAAUAGAGAGGUAAAAUAUUUGGGUUAUCAUAAAAGAUGCAGGAUGCAGCCUUCCUCAAACUUGGCCCUCCAGCUGUCUUGAGACUACAAUUCCCAUCAUCCCUGACCACUGGUCCUGCUAGCUAGGGAUCAUGGGAGUUGUAGGCCAAAAACAUCUGGAGGGCCAAGUUUGAGGAAGCCUGUGCAGGAGGAAAUGAUUGACAAUAGGACCCACAAGGGGGAGGAGGGAAGUCCAAGAGAUUCCUUGGAAUCUUGUUUCUAUGUUGUAUAUGUGACUGUAAAAUUUUAACCUCAAAAACCAAAUAAUUAAUUUAAAAAACCCUUGCUGGUACCUUUCCCGGGAAAAUCAGAGGCUCACUAUGUCAGGUUCCUACUGGAAGACCAGACAAACGCUAGAACAUUAGCAGUGGCGAAGUUUUUAUCGGUAGUUGCAAGAACCAAUGAUCCCUAUCUUUAAGUCUGAACAAAAUGCUUGUUUAACCUGGAGGUAGGCUGCCUGAAUUGUGCAUUGCUUUGUUGGGUCUCUGGACCGUAAUAAAGAUUGAUUGAAAAAACAAAAAAGUAUCUUCCGGGUUGACAGCUGAGAGGCUGCAAAUUGACACCUACUUAAUUGGUAGCAAGACCCAUUAGACUUGAUGGGUCUUACAUCAGAGUAGACAUUCUUAGGAUUGCACCUGUUGUGUCAACAGGUGUCAUUUCUCCAGGUUAAUCCCAAGUGUUCCAGCAGACACCCAUGAUUUGUGUGGGAGAACAUAUGGGCGGUUUUGGGUGUGAGUCAUGGCCAAAUCCUCCUCUCACUCCUCCGCCUCCUAUUUUGUUCAAUUGCAGCUGUGGGGUGUAGCUCCCUGGGUGAUACUUGCUUGCUUGCCAGGAGAAAAAUGGGUCAUGAAAAUCAAAUGGCUACAACAGCAGCCAACUCCAGGGGGCCAUGGGUGCUUGGGCGCCCACAAUAAUAUAAUUUUGGAAAGGAAAUUAUAUAAUAUCUAACAUUGGAAUUAUAUAAUAAUAUAACACUGGGAAGGAAAUUCUAUCCCAACAAAAGGGGAAUGGUUAAGUAAACUAUGUGAGUACCUGACGGAUUUAAUAAGGCAUAAAUCCAAAACUAUAAUUCCGAAACAAUGGGAAUGCUUAAAUGAAUAUUUAUACAAGCAGGGCUCAAAUAUGAAAGUUUGGUUGUGCUUAGACUAACCUUGUGAAGAAUAUAGAGAACAUAAAGAUUGGACUGAUUAUGAAAGAACCUAAGGAAGGGAAAGGAUUGAAGAACAGAUGUAAAGGCGAGCAAGAUAACUAAGACGUGCGGCGAAUGCGGUGGAAGUCUUUUAUAAUAUUUUGACUAGGAUUUAUAUAUUGUAAUGUUUGAAGCAUGAAUUUGGUAAUAUUAUUGGUUAUGAAAAGUAUUUUUUUCCUUUUCUUUUGUCUUUUUUUUUAGUUUGCAUUUUGGAAAACAUGUACCGUAUUUUUUGCCCCAUAGGACGCACCGGCCCAUAAGGCUCACCUAGUUUUUUGGGGGGGAAAUAAAGGGGAAAAAAUUAUUUCACCGCAAGGCGCAGGGCUGGGGCGGGGGAAGCUCGAGCUUCCCAGAACAGGCAGCUCUCCGCAAGCCGUGGGAGCCCAGCGCCGGGCUCCCACCGCUUGCGGAGAGCUGCACGAAGUUUGAAGCCUGGGCGCGCUGAGCUCAGGGCACCCAGCCUUCGGCAUGCAGGCAACUCUCCGCAAGCCAUGGGAGCCCAGCGCCGGGCUCCCACGGCUUGCGGAGAGCUGCGCGAAGCCUGGAGAGCGAGAGGGGUCGGUGCGCACCCCUCUCGCUCUCCAGGCUUCAGCGAAAGCCUGCAUUCGCCCCAUAGGACGCACACACAUUUCCCUUUCAUUUUUGGAGGGGGAAAAGUACGUCCUAUAGGGCGAAAAAUACGGUAUAUAAAUGUGUUUACAAUGUUAUGUAUUGUUCUUUGUUUGUCUUUCUCUUUCUCUUUCUUUUCUUGUAAAAUUCAAUAAAAUAGAAAAAUAAUAAUAUAAUUUUUGGGGCUGGGUGCCCACAAAGUCAAUGAAAAACGCCGGCAGGCGGCAGCAACACUGCCUCCGAGAGAGAAGCAGUUCAGCUCUGCCCUUCUCUGCCAGCCAGCGAGGCACCCUUUUCUGGCGGGUGGGUCUCUCUGUUUCCAAGUCCAAGCCCCUCCCCAUGGAAAAGGGUGUUUUGCUGUCUGUGGAUAGGAGGAAGAAGAGGAGUCCCCACUGCCGCCGCAACGCAGAUGUGUGACGUCACACACACAAGCCUGCAUGUAGUGCAUGUGAUGUUGCAUGCCCACGUUGCAGCAGUGGGUACCCACAGUGGCACCCCUGCAACAGUGGUACCCAAACUGCAAUCUGUGGAUCCAUGAGCUUCAUUCAGGUGGUCUAGGGCAUGUCUGCAUUAAAAUUUCAUGUUGAAUUUUCAUUGCAUUUCGAUUGCAUCUUUUAUUUCUUUUAUUGCAUUUUUUUACAAUCUGAAUUCUGUGAGUGCAGAUUCCAAUACAGUAAGAUGCAACAUAAGAAAUAAAAGAAGCAACGAGAGCACAGCUACAAAUAAUUCAGCAUCUAGCGAAGCACAUUGCAGUUGCUUCCAAAAUGGAAUGAAAAUCAUGAAUGGGUCCUCCAGGGUCAUCAGGUAUUUUAAGGUGGUCCAUAAAAAGAAGACCUACAGUGACCUAUUCAGUCUCCUGCACUAAGAAGGGACUCCUAGCCCUUCCACGAUAUGUCUUUGACUACCAGUUAAAUUGGUACGACUUUCGGUUCAUACAAUAAACCCUUUUUGUUGAAUACCAGUUGAGCCAGGAUGCUGAAGCAGAUGGGCCUUUGGCCUGAUCCAGCAGGCUUUUAUUAUGUUGUUGUGAUCAGCCUUCAUUCCUACUUGCAGGAAAAAAUCUGAGCAUCGCAAGAUGUCAAGCCUGUACAAAGCCUUCACAAACAUGAUUGAGCGCAACUCCAAGGCAAACCACAAGAAGGUGGCCGAGACGGAGAAGUUCCAGAAGAGUGAGUUUAAGAAGCUAAUUCACCAGGAACUCUCACCGGUCAAGGUAAUCCUUGUUUGAGGGGAAAGGGGUCUCGCAACACAGAUGGAUCCAGAGCAGCUGGCAGAUGGAGAUAUAUCAUCCAGACAAGUAGCUUAUCAAUCAAUCCCUCUUCCCAGGGAACUCUGUGAAUUGUAGCUUUGGGUGGGGGGAUAGGGGGUAUAACAAGCUACACUUCCCAGAAUUCGUGGGGAGAAGCUAUGACUCUUAGAGUGGUAUAAUACUGCUUUAAAUGUAGGAUACAAACAUGGCCUGUAUCUAUGGAGGCAUCGUUGGUGGCUUUCUGACCUUUCUCCAAUCACCAUACUCCUCUCAGGCCAAUUUGCAUUUCAAGCAACCAACACCUCUUGUUAUCCCAAAAUACAGACGUGCUUUUACACUUGCAAGACUGGAUGUUUCGCCAUCUGCGGUACUCGAGGGUCGAUUCCAAAAGAUCCCGCCUGAGAAACGUCUUUGCCCCUGUGGAGAUGGUAGCACUGAAACAGUGGCACACGUCCUCCUGUCUUGCACCCUCUACAAAGACCUGAGGAACAAGAUCAUCACCCCACUUGUACUAACCAUCCCAGGGCGCUCAACCAUUGCCACAUUGUCCUUUCUUCUAUCAGAUCAAAAUGAGCAGAUAACAGCAGAGGUUGCUAGGUUCAUAGCAGGGGCAAUCAGAAUAAGGGCCACUAACUGACGGCUGAUUCAGGACUUUAAAUUGUGCUCUUAUAUCAAAUUCCCUUUUCUGCAUAUACUGUAAUGUUUUACUGUUGCUAUGGCUAUUGGCUAAUGCCAAUAAAGUUUUAUCUUAUCUAUCUUAACCAGCACCUCUCACACUAAGGGGGAAAAGGCUGCCAUCCUUAUCUGGCCUUGAAACCAAUGACCAAUAAUUCAGGUGGGUCUACAGAGGGGAUGGGCAGCUCCCAUGGCUAAUCCAAUGUAGUUCUCAUAAUCUGUUGAGACUUCUGCUAUAUGAAAAGGAAUUCCAUUGAAACCUGGAGAAGUAAAGCGUACAGGUGGGGGUAAGAUAUGAUUCAUUCUCCGAAGCUGUGAUCCCUCACAUCUUUUAUCUCCUUCUCCAUCCUCUUCCCUUCUUUGUGGCUCCAGAGGACAUCCAGUAAUAAGUACAAGCAUAUGAAGAAUCUCCCCGACUCCGACGUUGAACUGAUGAAUGACAAGGAGGUUGUGCCCUGUGUUUACUGAUUGUGUCCCUGGCGUGGACUUCAAAGAAGGUACUGUUCCAUAUGGGGUAUUCUAUUGCAGCUGCAUUAUCUAUUGGGGGUAGGAAAGUCAUUCAUGAACCUUUGGCAUCCCUUUCCCCUUGGAAGCCAUUGCAAAGCCACCCUCCGUAAAGGAGAGAUUACUGGAGCUCAUUGGUAUGGCUCUAAUAUUUCCAAAUGAGCAACAGUGGUGGCCGGCACCUGUUGGGAUUGGUAGGGUGAAAGGCUGGGAGCCCAACAGUAGGGGGAGCCAGAGCCGACGAUGGGUAGAACUUGAGUCAAUGACAAUAUGGGUUCAGUCAUGACCACAGGACUGAGUUGGCUUUGGUUGCCCUGAUGGAUGACCUAUGCAGAGAGAGGAACAGGGGGAGUGCAACCUUGCUCCUGUUUUAGUUGAAGAUGCCAGGGAUUGAACCCGGAUCCUUUUAAAUGAAAAGCAGAUGCUAUACCACUGAACUGUGGUCCUUCCCCAAAGCAGCACAUCAAAGAGUCACCUCAAAGGAUAUAUUUAGAUGGUGGAUAUUCCCUUCCCAAAUGGUUACGGGCCACAGGGAGGUUAGGCUGGCCUCAACCGGAGCCAGGGCUUUUUCGGCUGUGGCCCCGAUCUGGUGGAACGCUCUGGCACAAGAGACUAGGGCCCUGCGGGACUUGACAUCUUUCUGCAGGGCCUGCAAGACAGAGCUGUUCCACCAAGCCUUUGGCCAAGGCACAGCCUGACUCCCUCCUUUGGCAAUCUUCACAGAACUCAAGCCCAAUGGUUGCCAUUAAUUUGAUUUUGACUUGAUUUUCGAAUGAAUUGAUUUUAGAAUGCUGUGUUACUUUUAUUGUUGUUAGCUACUCUGAGCCUGGCUUCGGCUGGGGAGGGCGGGAUAUAAAUAAAAUUUUAUUAUUAUUAUUAUUAUUAUUAUUAUUACGAAGGAAGUUACUGCAAGGGAGAGACACUAAGGCUGAGGCUGUUUUCUGAGGGUGUUUCCAAUUAUAGUGGGGUAGGAAAGUGGAAAAUCGUGGUAGUGUUCAUAUUGGGAAACCCUUUGGUUUCAGAUAGUACAUGGGUAAAGGUAAAGGGACCCCUGACUUUUAAGUCCAGUCACGGACGACUCUGGGGUUGCAGCACUCAUCUCGCUUUACUGGCCAAGGGAGCCGACGUUUGUCCGCAGACAGUUUUUCCGGGUCAUGUGGCCAGCAUAACUAAGCUGCUUCUGGUGAAACCAGAGCAGCACACGGAAAUGCCAUUUACUUUCCCGCUGCAGCGCUACCUAUUUAUCUACUUGCACUUUGACGUGCUUUCAAACUGCUAGGUUGGCAGGAGCUGGGACCGAACAGCGGGAGCUCACCCCGUCAUGGGGAUUCAAACUGCCGACCUUCUGAUCGGCAAGCCCUAGGCUCUGUGGUUUAGACCACAGCACCACCCAUGACCCUUUUAGUAUGUGGGUAGAUGAGUCUAAAAAGCCAGGGACAUAAAUUUUCAUGGCCCUCUAGAGGCUAUAGUGGCUCAUUUAACAGACAUAAUGUAUUUAGUGUUAAUUCUGGAACCAGACAAUAUUGCUCUUGGGAAAAGCAAGUCUCUAUCUUCAUACAAUUUUAAAUCCAUAGGAGAGAUCUUGCAGAAAGGGGCUCAUUGGUUGCCAGGUGUGACCCCCCCAUCUUUCCUACCCAACUAAUUACUGUUGAACAUAGGAACUUCGGAAUCUACCUUAUUUUGAGUCAGACUGUUUGUCUAUCUCAGUGUUGCCUAUUCAGACUGGCAGCCAUUCUUCAGGGUUGCAGACAGGGAGCAUUUCCCAGGCCUACCUGGAGAUUCCAGUGAUUGGACCUGGGAUGUUCUGCAUGGAAAUCUGAUGCUCGCCACUGAACUACCGUUCUUCCUCAUCACCUUCAGACCAAUCAGCUGGAAAAAAACCAAAACAAACCAGCCUAACAACUCAGAGAUUCCCAUUUUCCUUACUGUCAGCUUCAAACAUGUUUCUGUCCCAGCCUCAAACCUUCACAGAGGGUGUGGUUUUGUAAGAUUUGUUACUGAACUCUUUUGACAAAACACACUUUUAAGUGCUAAAUUGCUGACCUACUUCUUGCAUUGUGUUUCAUUUGUUCUCUUGGUAUAAGCUGCCCUGAGAACAAAAGGCUAUGUUGACAACAGCAGAUCCGGCUAGGCAAGGUGUCAAACCAGUUAUUUCCAUUGAGUUGAGUCCAUUGUUAGUCCUACCCAGAGUAGAUCCACUGAAAUUAAUGGGCCUAAAUUGACCAGUAAUUUAAGUGGGUCUACUCUGAGUAGGAGGGACACGGGUGGCACUGUGGGUUAAACCACAGAGCCUAGGACUUGCUGAUCAGAAGGUCGGCGGUUUGAAUCCCCGUGACGGGGUGAGCUCCUGUUGCUCAGUCCCUGCUCCUGCCAACCUAGCAGUUCGAAAGCACAUCAAGUGCAAGUAGAUAAAUAGGUACCACUCUGGCGGGAAGGUAAACGGCGUUUCCGUGCGCUGCUCUGGUUCGCAAGAAGCGGCUUAGUCAGGUUGACCACAUGACCCGGAAGCUGUACGCCGGCUCCCUCGGCCAAUAAAGCGAGAUGAGCGCCGCAACCCCAGAGUCGGCUACGACUGGACCUAAUGCUCAGGGGUCCCUUUACCUUUACCUUACUCUGAGUAGGACUGGCAUUAGGUACAGUUGGGUCGUGGUUAGAGUGCUGGGCUAGGACCCAGGAGAUCAGGGUUGAAAUCCUUGCUGGGUCAUGUAGUCCACUGGAUGUGGCAAAAGGCCAGUCAUUGUGUCUCAGCCUAGCCUACCUCACAGGGUUGUUUUGAGGAUAAAAAUAGGGAGAGGAUAGAACUAUGUAUGCCCUCUUGAAUCCCCCCUUGAAGUGGGAUAGAAAUGCAACAGCAAAUAAACCAAUUAUUCCAAUAUGUUGAGAUGUGGGUGGUUUUCUCAUGGAAGGUUGUUGUUGUUGUUGUUUUCACUGAUUGAAAAUGCCAGUUUUGUACUGUUGAUGCAGCACCGAUUUUGAGCCACGCUGUCCACGCUCAUUUGCAAUGAUUCCUCCCCUUUCUCUCUUGCAGGACUCAGAGCUCCUUGGAGGAAGUUCUGGAUGAAGUCACCCGAACAAUCAACGAGAUGUGAUGGGGUCAAGAAUCUGUUUCUUUUGUGGAAGUGGGGGGCAUUUGUAUAGGAAAGAACAGUUGUGCCUCCUCCUUCGUGUGUGUGUGUGUGUGUGUGUGUGAGAGAGAGAGAGACAGCCGUCCUGUGUAGACACGUCUUGUACCAAACAUUCAGCGAUCCUGUUUGCUUUGGGUGCCAAUGCUUACGAUGCACACACAAAAAUAAUUGAGCAGCGGGAGGGUGAGACGCAAUAAUCCAUUUACAACAGGGGUGGGGAGCAGCCAACAGCCAGGGCCAUUCCCUUCAGUGGUGGGUUCAUGGAAUACCUUUGGGGCACAAGUCCAGGGGUGAGACAGAGGGUGAGGAGGCAGCAGACUUGAAGGAAGAGAAACGAAAACCUCAAAAAGCAGCUAACCUUUUUGAGCUAAAGGCCACAUGAGCCAACCCUCCAAGGGAUGGGGAACUGCCAAAGUGUAGCCAACGUGACAAAGUGGCUUUGGUGAGGACUGUACUUCUCAAGCUUCUUUUCCAAGGGGACCCAAAGGAGCGGCCAGCAAAAGUGAUUUUUUAAUAAAAUAAAAUUGACAUAUGUUUUUUGAGCUGGGGUGUGUGUGCUUGGGAGCCACACAAAUACCUGUGACAUCACACUGUAAUAGUAGGGUACACACAGGAAAAGCCAGUGUGCGCAUACAAAAACAUAUGUGCGCACAUUUAUAAAUAUGUGCUUGUGUUUGUGUGUGUGUGUUUGCCACCAAAUUCCCACUCCUUUGCCACCCUUCUUCCCCAAUACCUGGCUGUCAUCCCUCCCUCCACACCUGACCAGUCAAGACUUUUACAUUACCAAGCCACAGCAUGCGUGAUGGAAACACGCCUUUGGGCAAGAUCCUAGUCCAUGUUGAGGAGAGGGAGACUGAAAUUGUUUCUACGUUUGUCUCUUCCACUGGUCCUUUUGGAAUUUUCUAUCUGCUGGACUGGAGGGUUGAUGAGUCAGAGAAAUAGAGGAGGAGGGGAAUGGAAAGCGUCAAUUACCGCCAAGAACUGAGUACAAUAGAUAGGGUUUAAACUUUCUGGUUUGUAAAUUUGGCC